UUUCUGUCCCACCCACCACGAGAUUUGUGAAUGAGAUUUCAGAGAGAUAACCACACGUUAGAAACCAAUUGUUGUAAAAUGGCCGGCGAUAAGGUCAGACGAGUGCCUAUUACUAGUCAAUUAGGGAAAACAUUAUUUACGUACAGUACUCCGAGUAAGGACAUAAAACCCAAAAGAAUCCCGGAGUAUUCCAGAUCACAUCCCAUAGUGCCCAAGUUGUAUGUUCAGGAAUGGAAAACUGACAUGCAGAAUCGAAAUAUCAUCACUGAGAAUGCCUGUCUAGGAGGAGUCUCAAACUAUGAGCACGAUGACAACCUUUUUCUAGAGAAGAGAGAACAAAUGCACUACAAUGUCGAGGACUGGGCACGCGUCAGAGAGAAAAUCAAAAUGCCACCCAGAGCCAAGCUGUUGCGACCUGAUUUUCAUCAUGAGACAUCAAAGUAUCAAAGUGAACUGAUGUUCAGAAGGGACACUAAUGCUGUGUAGGAUGAACUUGUAUGGGCACACAAAUAGAACAAAACAAUGCUUUAAUUAGAAGAAACAAGUAGCUUUAGUUACACUAUGUUUGAAACAACACAUAUAGCCAUUGUUUGAUUAGCUUUAAUUGAUCUUAACAAUAUAACAUCCAUCUACUUUGUUGUAUUCUGACUUAACAGUUUUACAUAAAAAUUCAAACACAAAGAGUAUGAACUCAAAACUAGAUUACUUUGAUGCUUGUAAACCAGAUAUUUGAAUUGAACACCUCAAGCUGAUUGUAAAAAUUAAAAUGCAUAUUUUUUUUUUUUGUAUUAGCUAAAACAUCUUGAAUAAUGAUUUUUUAAUUAUUUCCAAGUCCUAUGAUUUUACAAGUUGGUUGCCUAUAACAUUUUAUUUGAGAAAAAAAUAUUGGCUGCAAAAAUUUCUUGCUAAAGAGAUUGAUAGAUUUUCAAGCUUAAUUUUGUUAGUUUUAAACUUGCACAGAAUAUUUUUGUUGAAUGUACAGUAUUAUGUUGCAUGUGGAGACAACUGAACUACUCUUUCAGUUCCAACAACUUUGUUGAAUUAUGUAUUAUUUCAAAGUAUUAUAUUUUGUUUAUACUGCUUACUUUCAACUGUGAUAAAGAAGCCAAUUUACCGAGUCUACAAAUAGUAAUCUAUUGUAAAUAUUUCUGGUAUAGCUAUUAAAAGCCAUGAGUCACC